CUGCUCAGCAGCUUCACUAGGACAGUAACCUACUUCACUUUAAAAUCCCACUGGCUAAUCAGAAUGCAGAACACAGUCACCAGUGAGGAAGAGGCAGCGUCAGCCAAUGAUAAUCUGUAGCACAGACACUGCUUCUCACAGCUGGAAAUAAGCUAUGCCUGAAUCUUGUUGUGUUUCUCUGUUCAGCCAGAUCCUUAUUCCGCUCUUGCUUCUCAGCAUCAGGUGACCUGCAGCAUCUGCAUCUGACAUGGCUGACACAAAGUGAUGCUGAAUCUGUUGUUUGGGAAUACAAAGGCAGGGCCAGACGACCCCUGAAAGGAAGCGGCUGAUUAGAAGUAGUGGAACUCCUGAACUGAAUAAACAUGAGUAGUGAACUUAACAUUCCAGUGGAUCCUUCCACCCCUGCUGUCUCAGAGAGAGGAAACAAAGGCAUGGACUACAGAGACUGGGUCAGACGUAGCUACCUUGAACUAGUCACAUCCAACCACCAUUCUGUUCAGGCUCUUUCCUGGAGGAAAUUGUACCUCAGCAGAGCCAAGUUAAAGGCCUCCAGUCGCACAUCUGCAUUGCUGUCUGGAUUUGCUAUGGUUGCGAUGGUAGAAGUCCAGCUUGAGAUGAAAUAUGGAUACCCACAACUGCUACUGAUAGCAUUUAGUGCUUGCACAACAGUGCUUGUUGCAGUCCACCUCUUUGCCCUGCUGAUCAGCACAUGCAUUCUGCCCAAUGUAGAGGCAGUGAGUAACAUCCAUAAUCUCAACUCUGUCAACGAAUCUCCACAUGAUCGCAUGCAUCCCUACAUUGAGUUGGCCUGGGGAUUUUCCACAGCCCUUGGGAUCCUUCUUUUUCUCGCAGAAGUUGUCCUCUUGUGCUGGAUAAAAUUUCUACCCAUUGACUCUGCACCAACACGGAAUGAAACCACAACAACCCAAAAGCCACGUGGGAAUGCAGGGUGGAACUCUGCACUGGUUUCAACCAUCAUCAUGGUGCCUGUUGGCAUCAUCUUUGUCAUCUUUACUAUUCAUUUUUAUCGUACUCUAGUGAGGCAUAAAACAGAGCGUCAUCACCAAGAAAUAGAAGAACUCCAUAAAUUGAAAGUACAACUUGAUGGACAUGAUCGAGGCAUAAAUGUUGUGUGAGUAAGUCAGAGGAGGUUUUCUGUCAGUGGAUAUAUUUACUAUCCUAUUGAGCAAGUGCACUCCUAUCAGAGACAUAGAAUUUGCUGAGGUGUAAAACCUCCGGUCAGACAUUUUGCACAAUGCAGCUCGUUCUUACACAACGAGAAAGAGCAAAGGGAAAGAAUCAAAAACAAUUUUUUUUAAAAAUCACAAAUUUUUCAGAAUUUAUUAAACCCCGAGGGCUAAAAAGCCGGAAUAU